AUGUCCGGCGUCGCGUUCUUUGCCUCGCAGCCGGGCUCGCACGCAGCAGCGGAAUUCGACGCUCUAUUGCAACGCAUAGAGAACCCGAAAGCCUCUGUCACAGCGGCCGCUGCCGCGGACCCCGCCGCGUCCGCCUCCAGCGAGGCUUCCACGCCCGACCCAGCCCCGUCCGCGGCGGCGGGGCAGAACCCGAUGCGGAUGGUGCGCGAGACGCGGGGGCGGGUGCGGCGGGCGGAGACGGCGGUGCUGGCGGCGCAGGCGGGGCUGGACGAGUACUCGGUGCACGUCACGACCUCGAAGCGGAACACGGUGAUGACGCUCACGCGCGGGGAGCGCACGCUGCUGCAGUCGACGCCGGGCAAGUUCGGGUUCAAGAAGGCGGCGCGGGGCGGGUACGAGCCCGCGUACCGGUGCGCGCUCGCGGUGGUGGCGAAGAUGGAGCGGGAGAUGAAGAAGGGGCACCCGGUCUGGUGGCGGCUGAACCUGAGCGGGUUCGGGUCGGGCAGGGACGCGAUUGCGGCGGUCGUCGAGGGCCCGGUGGGGACGAAGGUGCGGGAGCGGUUGACACGCCUGACGGACAGGACGCCGAUCAAGAUUGGGGGCGACCGGGGCAAGAAGGAGAGGCGGUUGUAG